AUGGUAAAUUGGGAUUUCACACUUGCCUCUGACACCAGUUACAAGAGUCUCUUCAAAACUUACUAUGACCAGAGAGCAAUAUUUACUGAAACAUCUUUCAUUCAGCAGGUAAAAACAGGGAAGUCUGCGCUCUGCUGCCGCUACCCGGCCCGGCCCGGCCCCCGCGGGACCCCCAGGCCCAGCCCCGCACACGCCAAGGCGGCAGCGGCGGCGGCGGAGGAAGAGGAGGAGGCACCGCCCGGGCCGGGCCGGGCCGGGCCAGGCCCGCCCCGCGCACACCUGCACCCCCAGCCGGGGACGCCCCCGCCAGCACCACACCCGCCCCCGGAGCCUUUAAAGGACCCCGGUGGGCCCGCCGCGGUCCUCCGCCCCGCCCGGAGCCGGCCCUGCCCGCCGGGCGAGCCACCGCCUCCCUCUGCUUUGGGGCGGGAAGGGCGGUCACGGAUCGCCCUGGUCUCUUCCCGCUCCCUCCGCCGCCAGCCCCGGGCGGGCGCGCCGAGCCCUCCGGCCAGGCACGGCUGCGGGCGGAGGCAGGUUUGCCCCGUCUUGCUGAAGGAAAGCUGCAGUAUCCCCAAUUCUCCUUCCAAACGGCUGAGAGGUAAGUUCAAAGACGCAAGUGCCACAGAAACGCACAGUGACUUGCCAGCGGAGCUGUAUCAGGGGAAGCAUUCAACACGGGAAGAGCCAGGUGAUGCCAUCCCACGGGAGUCCUUAGCUGCCAUCCCACCGGAGUCCUUAGCCACCUACCUGGAAAAGGAUGGGAGAAGUCCACACUGCAGUUUCCCUAUGGCACCACUGCAAUGGAGUUCAGCCCUAACGCAUGUAGCUCUAAACCGGGUCUUGUUAUCCAGUAACACAUGAGUCUUUAGAUCAAGAUCAUCAUCCAGUAGCUGGCAGGUAGUCAGCCAAGUCGUCUAGGCCACCGAAACAGUGUGUAACAGGCAAAGCAUAUGAAAGACAUAUGUGGAGCUGGAGGAGUUGCUUCUUCUUAUGUAGUUACUCAAGAUCAGGAUCUAGGUCCCAAGAGGGCAUAAAGGUAGGAUUGUCCUGACAACUACAUACCUUUCUCUAGAAAGAAACCUUAACUAUAGUUAUUUGUAUGCAAUUGUGGGAUGUGCACUUAGUGUUUUGUUUCUGUCUAUUGUAAUGUUUAUUCAUAUUAUACUUGGAACAGACACUACAUAUACAUAGUCCUUCCUUUACCUGGUGGUUAAUUAUUCAUAAGAGAUUCUGACCAGCAAGAUACAAUUUAUGAAGGAUCCACCUACAAUAUUAUGCACCAGUUACUUGAGAUUAUUCAAAAUAACUUCCUACUUUUUUAAUGAUAAACGUGCUAGCAGUUCAGAGGCCAUUAAAACGCAAACAUUUUUUUCGUGUAACCUGGUGCAGCACUUGAGCUCUAGAUGAAACAGCCACUGUUCUAUUUGUCUAUAAAACAGCAUUAAGUGCAGGCAGCAGAAAAUAGUUGGGUAAUAAUUUACCAUGCUUGCCUGCUUCAAAUGAAAAGCACCUAAAGCCACAUAAAGAAUCCAAUAAAUGACCUAUCUUCAGCAAAA